UACAGAUAUAUUGGUACUAGAUAUGAUAAAAUAAAUAAUUAUAUUAACCAAUUGUCACCGAAUGAAGAGUGUGGGUUUACAAUGUGGAAAAAAUCAUCUCUGGUCACUCGUCAUUAUAUUCGUAGCACAGAGAAUCGAAAAUGUAUAUUAUGGACCGCAAUGCAUUUACAUUCGCAACUUUACCGAAUAGCACGCGAUAUAAAUGAUUUAUUCAAAAUGCAAAUGACUGUGCAGACAAUGUCCUACUUCAUCACUUUGACAACUAUGUUUUAUUAUCAAUACCACAUAAUAUUAUGCGUAUUGUAUAACAAUAAUAUUGUUUAUUGGAAAUUUUUUCUUUGUACCAGCAUAUGGUGUGUUUUCGAUUUAAUAAGAUUGAUAUCAUUUAACUGUAUCUGUGAAAGCGUUAGCGCCAAAGCGCAAAAGACCGAAGGUAUUAUUCAAAAAUUAACAAAUAUUAUUUGUUUUGUUCGAGCACGCGAAGAAAUUUGCCAGUUUGUUUUACAAAUAUUACUUCGACCGUUAAAAUUUAGCGGAAUGGGUCUAUUUCAUUAUGGUCACAAAUUUCUUUAUAAGUCUCUCGUUUGGAUUAUAUCUGUUAUAAUUAUUAUAAUUCAAAUGGAUAAAAUACCAACAUAUCAAACAAAAUCUAUCUCGAAUACGACAUGCUAUGAAUUCUAUUAGAAAUUUGAAGCAGAUUGUUAUAGGAUUUUAUAUAUUAUA